UUGCUCAAUCCAAUAAAAUUAUUUAUCUAAAUCCACUUAAGCAGACAGUUUUUCUUUUGUGCAAUUAGCUCAAUGUUUAGUGUCAGCUUUCUCCAGAUUGUAGAGUUGUUUAGCAAUAUUCAAGAUGAUACUGGAACAUUAAAUAUAAUUUCGAAAUGGCUAUCUACAUUUUUUGAUAAUGAAAAUAAUACAAGUACAUUAUGGAUAACAACAGGAAUAAUAUUAUUAAUAAUAAUAGUAAUAGUAAUAUUAUUUUUAAGAAAAUGGAAAAACAAAGAAUUUUUACCAGAAGUAAAAAAAUUUGUCGGUGUUGGAAGUGGAAAACCGCGAUUUCGUAAACGUGAUAAAGUAUUAUUUUAUGGACGUAAAAUGUUGAGAAAAGUUAAAUCAAUUAGUGGUCAAGUACAUCAAACUGGACAAGGAAAAAAAAGACGUGCUGUUAUGAGAUUUGCACGUCGUUUAUUACAAUUAAAAAAAGAUAGUGUACCACAACAAUUAAAAGUACUUGAACCACCAGCUGAAUAUCUUGAAGAAGAUCUUGGUCCAGGUGAACGUGUACCACCAGAUGCUUUAUAUAUAUUACAAAGUAUACGUGUAUUUGGACAUUUUGAAAAACCAGUUUUUUUAAAAUUAUGUAAACAUACAGAAAUUAUGAAUUUACCAGCUGGUACAGUGUUAUUUAAAAUUGGUGAUCCUGAUGAAAAUGUAUUUAUUGUACAACAAGGUCUUCUUAAUGUUUAUAUUAAUGGUCCUGAUAAUAGUCAUAUACCAUUAAAAGUUGUUAAAACUGGUGAAUCAGUAACGAGUCUUCUAAGUUUUACAGAUGUACUUACUGGACAUACUAGUACUUAUAAAACUGUAUCUGCAAGAGCAAUUGAAGAUUCUGUUGUUGUUAAAUUACCCAUGAGUGCAUUUCAAGAGGUAUUUCAAGAUCAUCCAGAUGCAUUUAUACGAGUUAUUCAAGUUAUAAUGGUACGUUUACAACGUGUUACAUUUACAGCACUUCAUCAGUAUCUUGGUUUAUCAGCUGAAUUAGUUAAACAAGGACAUCAUAAAAAAAAACAAAGUCCUUAUUCUGAUAAUAAUUGGACACCAGAAAGUUCUGGACCUGAUAUAAUGCCACAAGGAAAUUUAAAUUAUUCAGGAAGAAAACGUUCAACCAAUGAUCCACCACAACAGCCAAUUGAUGAAACUGAUCUUGUAAGAAUUGCUAAAGAAGCAUUUAUUCGUGAAUUAGGACUUGAAGAAGAUUAUGUACUAAAAGAUGGUACUGUACAAAUACGUGAAGUACCUGCUGGUACAUAUUUAAUGAAAGAAGAAUCAAAUAAAGAUAUUGCACUUGUUUAUGUUGUAUCUGGUAGUUUAGUUAUAAGUCAAAAAGUUGCUGAAGGAAAUAAUACAAAUCAAGAAGUUCAUAUGUUUAGUGCUCAUCAAGGUGAAAUUGUUGGUGGUUUAGCUGUAUUAACUGGUGAACCAUCAUUUUAUACAAUACGAGCAAAACAUCCAUCAAGAAUAGCUUUAUUAUCAAAACAAACAUUUUUUUCAAUAAUGCGUGAAAGACCAACAGUUGUAUUACAUGUUGCAAAUACAGUUGUACGUCGUUUAAGUCCAUUUGUUAGACAAGUUGAUUUUGCAUUAGAUUGGUUAUUUCUUGAAUCUGGUAGAGCUGUUUAUCGUCAAGGUGAUGAUUCAGAUUCAACAUUUAUUGUGCUAUCUGGUCGUUUACGUUCAGUAAUAACAGAUCAAAAUGGUAAAAAAGAAGUUGUUGCUGAAUAUGGUAAAGGUGAUCUUGUUGGUAUUGUUGAAAUGGUUACACAAACACCAAGAUCAACAACAGUUAUGGCUGUACGUGAUUCAGAAUUAGCUAAAUUACCAGAAGGUUUAUUUAAUGUUAUUAAAUUACGUUAUCCAAUUGUUGUAACACGUUUAAUUAAUUUAUUGGGACAUAGAAUAUUAGGUACUUGGCAACAAGUACAAAGACCAGUUGGUACACAAAGAGCAACUGUUGAUGCAAGACCAGCACAAAUUAAUUUUUCAACUGUUGCUAUUGUACCAGUUAGUGAUGAUGUGCCUUUAACUGCUUUUACAUAUGAAUUAUAUCAUUCAUUAUGUGCUAUUGGGCCAACACUAAGAUUAACAUCUGAAGGAGUUAGGAAAACACUUGGACCAAGUAUAAUGGAACCUCCAAAUGAAUAUAGAUUAACAUCUUGGCUUGCACAACAAGAAGAUCAACAUAAAAUUUCGUUGUAUCAAUGUGAUUCAACUUAUACUGCUUGGACACAAAGAUCAGUUAGACAAGCUGAUUGUAUUCUUAUUGUUGGUCUUGGUGAUAAACCACCAAUUCUUGGUAGAACAGAGAGAGAAGUUGAAAGACUAGCAAUGAGAACACAAAAAGAACUUGUAUUAUUGCACAAAGAACAAAGUGGAUUGAGACCAACAAAUACAGUACAAUGGCUUAAUAUGAGAAAUUGGGUAUCUAGUCAUCAUCAUAUACAAUGUCCAAAAAGAAUGUUUACAAGAAGAUCACAAUAUCGUAUUAAUGAAUUAUAUUCAAAAGUUUUAAUGUCAGAGCCAAAUGUACACAGUGAUUUUAGUAGAUUAGCACGAUGGAUAACUGGUACAUCUGUUGGUCUUGUACUUGGUGGAGGUGGUGCACGUGGUGCAGCACAUAUUGGAAUGUUAAAAGCUGUACUUGAAGCUGGUAUUCCAAUUGAUAUGAUUGGUGGUGUUAGCAUUGGUUCAUUUAUGGGUGCACUAUGGUGUAUGGAAAAAAAUAUAACAACAACUACACAAAAAGCACGUGAAUGGUCAAAAAAAAUGACACAGUGGUGGCGACAAAUAUUAGAUCUAACUUAUCCAAUGACUUCAAUGUUUUCUGGAAAAGAUUUUAAUAAAACAAUUCAUGCAACAUUUGGUGAUACUUAUAUUGAAGAUUUAUGGCUACCGUUUUUUAUAAUCACAACUGAUAUAACAGCUUCUUGCAUGCGCACGCACACACAUGGAUCGCUGUGGCGGUACAUUCGAAGUUCGAUGUCAUUGUCUGGUUAUAUGCCACCUUUAUGCGACCCGAGCGAUGGCCACCUUCUUCUUGACGGCGGGUACGUCAAUAACCUUCCAGCUGACGUCAUGCUUAGACAAGGAGCUCAUCAUAUAUUGGCCAUCGAUGUUGGUUCACAAGAUGAUACUGAUUUAACAAAUUACGGUGAUUCAUUGUCUGGUUGGUGGUUACUUUGGAAACGAUGGAAUCCAUUUGCAACACCAGUUAAAGUACCAAAUUUACCUGAUAUACAAUCACGACUAGCUUAUGUUAGUUGUGUUAGACAAUUAGAAGAAGUUAAAUCAUCUGAUUAUUGUGAAUACAUUAGACCACCUAUUGACAAAUAUAAAACUUUACAAUUUGCUAAUUUCGACGAAAUAAAAGAUGUUGGAUAUAUACAUGGUAAAACGUAUUUUGAAAGGCAGUCAAAAAUUGGAGUACUUCCACAAUUUAAUGCUGAUCGUGAAACAGCAAGAGCUUUGAGAGCAAAAAAUCAUGAUGCAAAUCAAGAAUCAGUAUCGGCAUAUACAUUUACUGAUUUAGCACAAAUGGUGUGUAAAGUUUCACAGGGUAAUCGUUAUGAUUUAGAUAUCGAUUCAGACACUGAUGAAUUUGAAGAAUAUGAAGCUGAUCUAGAAGAGGAUGCUCAAGAAAUUGGUUAUGCUUCUGAACCGACUGCAGGAAUUUUAGAUGAGAGUUUAAAUGACACUCGGCUACGAAGACGAGCUGGAGUAUCUUUAAGUUUAUCUGACACAGAAGCAGAGUCUGAAUUAGAAUAUCAUGGAAAAUUAUUUUAACGAACAAUAUGUUAGACAAAGAAAAGAACAAAUUUGUGAUUUAAAUAAAUAUGUUUUUGUAAACAUUUUCUAACUACUAUUUCAAAAAUAUAAUGUAAAUAUUUAAUUUGUAAACGAAUUGUUUUGACAGUUCAAAAUUAUACAUGUAAAAUUGUGUAUGAUUAAAUAUAUUUUUACGAAAAAUUAA